AUAGCCGCUUGACUUUCUUACAAGGUCAAAGGUCAUUGUCGAUCUUUACCAGCUUCAAGAUGGCGGACGAGACGGUCUUUGCAAAGAUUCUUCGCAAAGCCAUCCCCUGUGAUUUCAUCUAUGAGGAUGACAAAUGUGUAGCAUUCAAGGACAUGAACCCUCAAGCACCCUCUCAUUUCCUGGUCAUACCAAGGAAGCCCAUUCCACAGCUGAGCAAAGCAGAGGACUCUGAUGCUGAGAUUCUUGGUCACCUGAUGGUGGUUGCUCGGAAGGUGGCUGCAGAGCAAGGACUUGAGAACGGGUUUAGAGUGGUGGUCAAUGACGGCUCUGAUGGAGGACAGGAAGUGUUCCAUCUUCAUCUCCAUGUCAUGGGAGGUAGGAAGAUGGACUGGCCUCCUGGCUAACACACGACUAGCUGAAUCACUAGAAACUAUUAUGCCCUCGAACUGACUACUAUUAGCUUUUAGAGUUUUCAUUCAGUUUUGUUUCAGAUACAAUGAUAAGUAUAUACAAUCAAAUAA